GAGGAGGUAAAAUUCAUAGAGAAUUUUUUUUAAAACCUAUAUCAAUCUCAAUUUUGUCCGCAAUGAAUUUCGAUAAAAAUAAUUGAUAAAUGAAUAUGCAGAUACCACAGAUACCAAAAUUUGCUAAAAUAGGGGUUUGUUGGGCUGCAAUAACAGGAGCAGGUGUAUAUGCAUUUAUAUUAUCAAAAAGAGACAUUGAAAGAAAACGUUUUGAGCACAUGAAAGCACGUGAACGGAUGCGAAAAUCUAAUAUUGGUGAAUACGAACAAUCGGCUCGUAAAUUUUAAAAUAAACAUUAAAAGUUAAUCGUACAAAUAAUUCAUUAAAAAUGGCACAACAAAUGCUUGAUGAAGAAAAAUUAAAAUUAAUCACGGAACUAGAAAUUGAAAUGAUGGCUGAUAUGUACAACCGUAUGACAAGUG